GGCAUGGAGGCGCGCCUGCAGGCCUCGCUGCAGACAGCAGUGGCAACGGCGAGCGCGAGCAUGUCCCAGGCCUUUCAGGACACCGCCAUCGACUUGGCGAAGCAGAAUGACGCGCGCUUCCAGGCGAUGGAGGACCGCAUCGCCCCCGUCGAGGCGAGGAUGGACGACCUCGAGCGAAUGCAACAGGAGAUCCAAAUGCUCAAGGAUGAGUUGGUUGUGCUCAACUUGGGUGUCUCGGUGCCACAGACCGGCGGCAACUGGGACAGGGACCCUGACCCCGCGGCGGUCGAGCAGACCCUGGCACCGCUGGUCGCCGAGGCGCAGCUCCACGACCAUGCGCGGCUGGAGAGCGACGCGGUCUCGCAGGGGUUCUGGCUGCGCUGCAAGGGCGCGGCCACGCUCGCCGAGAGGAGGGUCAACAAGCUGCCGCAGCUCAUGCGGCUCGGCCAGGGCCAGCGGCGGGAGGUGCACGCGCCGGCUCCGACUGGCGCGCAGGUCAGCCUCAGCUCGGGCAAGGACCGCAACAGGCGACAGGUUACCCACGAGCUGGCGCCCAAGAAGAUCAGGCAGGGCAUUGAGAGGACGCUGCCGCACAAGCUCUUCAUGGAGAAGGAUGCGGCCGCGCUCUCGCCCCAGAGGACGCAGCUGCCGCGGGUGGACAUUGCGUCGCCCACCGCGCACCCGAAUAUCCUCUGGAACAUGGCCUGCAUCAGGAAGUUCAAUCUCAACAAGGACGAGGUGGCGGAGGCAGUGGCGAAGGCACUCCAGCCCGAGGCUCAGGAGCGGUGCCUCUAUAUGGCGCGCUGCUCGGGCGGCGCGCAGCCUGGCGGUGCUGGGGCGGCGCACUUUGCUUCUUGGAAUGAUCGGGCCUUUGCGAGCUAUUCCCCGAAGAUCAUCGAGCGCAAGUUGCGAUACCUGCAGACGCACUGGAGGGGGCCAGUCGCCCUGGCAACGCAGGAGACGCAUGCGGGCGCAGAGACCACGCAGCAGCUGCUUGGCCGUGCUGCUCGCGAUGUUGAGCGCUUCGCUUCGGCCCCGAUUGGCGCGCGGGCCGAUGCGGGAGGCGCGGCCAUUGUCUCCCCUGCGCAGACCGGUGGGGGCCGCAUCGUCGAUGUUCCAUAUUACGUCAUUCCUGGUCGUGCUCUCCGAGUUGCGGCGUCGCAGCCCGGCGCCGAGCUGCGCCGCUGGAACGCGCGCAACUUCGGCUUCACGGCGGAGAUGCGGGCCCGCCUUCUACAGCAGAUUCGCGCUGAUCCAGUGUGGGCCCACGCCGCUCCCGCGGCCCGAGCAGCGGUCAUCGUCGGCGACUCCAACUACGGCGACGUCCUCGAGCGGGCCUCGAGGAUUGACAAAGUCCUGGUCAGCGUGCCUCGCUGGGCUCUUUGCCAGCAGUGGCAAGCUGCCUCGGCGCGCAGCGAGCCGAGGAAGCUCCACAUCAGUGGCGCGAGCGACCACGCGAUGCCGAUCGCGUCGAUUACCCCUCGGGCGCCGCGGCCGGCGGCCGGAGGCCCCGCGCCGACCCCGACGAAGCUGACGAAGCUCCCGCGCUACAAGGAGAUCGUGGAGCGCCACUGCGAGGAGGUCUGCUGGGAGCCACUAGCGCCGCCCGACGCCUACGCCGCGCACGUCACGACCCUGCGGGCGGCAGCCGAGCUCCUGCAGGCCGAGCGGCUGGCAACCGACGGGGGCGCGAGGCGCCAGGAUGCCAAGCUGGCGCGCAUUGUGAUGGCGCAGAACCCAUGGGCCAGCGAUGCGAUCGAGCUGGGGGCGCAAGGUCAGCCCGACCGCGCG